AAAAGUGUGGUUAGGUGAAUGGCAUUGGAUGAGUUGUUGUUUCUUUGUUAUGAUGUUAUUUUGGUGUAUUUGUGCGUUCAUCCACUAGCUUCGUCUACAGUUUUGCACGUGUUUUUCUCAAGGGGAUCAAAAGAAAUAAUUCUGUAAUGGAAUAAUUUAGUGACAUUCAUUGAUAUUGAAUUGAAUCAAUUAUAUAGUGUGUUCUUAUUCAACCUUCAGAAUGGAAAGCUUAUUGAGUAUAUUGCGUCGUUUUAAACGCGACGUAAAUAUUUUGGCGAAAGAUGAAUAUACCUACUUCGGAGAUAUUUGCAUGAUGCUCAGCUGGAAAUAUCCAUAUUACACUCUAACGAAUUUUAUCGUUUUGAAUUUUUUCUUAUGGCUGGCAGCAUAUUCUCAAUUUCAAUUACUAGGUCUUAUUUUUACCAUAAUCUUGAUAAAGUUUCUUUAUCAAAAUACACUUGGCUUUCAAAUGAAUACACAAUCAUUUUCUGCGAAUCAUGAGGAAUUUCUUGAUAAAUUUAGGAAUCUCAUAACAAGCAUUUCUCUGUACAGAAAUGAUAAUCCAUCAGAGUUUUGUGUGAUGAUGUCAUUGUUCUUUUUUAUAUUGGCUUACAUUGCAAGUAUUUUUUCUGGAGUGCUUUUGAGUUUCUUUAGCUUAUGGUGUAUUUUUCUCACACCAUUGGCUUAUGCAAAUAUGCCGCCUAAUAUGAAAGAGAAGUUGGAAAAUGUUUUAUCUACUCUUGGAAGAUUUCAAGCAACUAUUCAGGAAGAAGAUUUGUUUCCUCUUCCAGUAGAAAAUAAUGACAAUGAAGAUUUGGAGAGUUUGGGUACAGACAGAACUGCAGAUUCUGUAACUAAUUCUUUAAUCAGUGGAAUGAGUUCCAUGCCUUCUUUUCUUGACGCUGAAGACGAUAAUGAAAUAAUGGAAGAGGACUUGAUGCCAAUCAACCCAUCCCAAAAUCAUGAACUCUCCCCUAACUAUGCAGAACUUUCUACUGAUUCUGAAUCUGAAAUUAAGGAUAUUGCUUUCAAAGAAUCCCAAUUCAGCAGGGGAAGUUCAUCUGACGAGGAUGGUGCUUUUGAAGAGGGUUUACGUUUUGAGGAAACUCAAAAUCAAUCUCAGCAAGAACCUAAAGGUUUAGUCCAUAAUAUUGUAGAUUAUGUGACGUCAACUGGAGGCUUCCAAUUACCAAAUUUUUUUAACAAUGCUACAACUAGCAUGCAAAGUACAGGAAACAAAAAUAUUUCUAGAGAAAGUAGCACUAGUGAGGAGGAUUUUGAGAUAAUCGAUGCGAAUGAACUGAAACAAUAACUAUCAAUUUUUUGAUCUAUUUGUGAUAUGAUUUUAUUCUUAAUUUUAUGUGUUUUUACUUUGUGAUAGUAUUGUGUGGAUUUCUUUUAGUAACUGGUAUGUUCUACUUUAUUUAUGUGUAACAUGUAUUUAAUUUUUUUAAAUAUACUAAGUAAAGUCUUUUUACCUCA